CUUAAUGAAAAAAGUAAUAUAAUCAAACUUCAUUUGAAACUAAAAGAUAUAUAUUCUUCUAAAUAUAAAUUUAAUUCAAGAGAAUUAAGAGUAUGGCAAGCAAUGUUUCAUGUUACAGGAUGUACUAAUAUCAUACUUUGGUCUCAUGAAGAAUCAAAGAAGAAAUGGUCACCUGCACAAGUUAUGAAAAUUAUCAAAAAACAAAAUUUAGAUAUGCUGAACCCUACCUUUAUAGCCCACACUAAAAAUAAUAAACUUUGGUCUAUGCUGAUUAAUAUUUCCCAAGAUAUUGUAAAAGUAGAAAUGAAUCUUGAAUUA